GCAUCAGCUGGCAGCCAGCGACCGCCUCCCCGGCCCGGCAAGCCAGGAUGGCAACCGCGCCAGAAGCGGCCGGAGGGGCGACGCGGACUGCGGGGCUCGGAGAGGGACGCUGACCCGGGUCCUGCCAAGGUGUGGCUCUCCAUUCCCGAGGAAAAGAUGGCUCUUCUGCGGCAGUUUAGGCUUCUUCUCUGGAAGAACUACAUCUUGCAGAAGCGGCAGAUUUUGGUCACGGUCAUUGAAAUCUGCUUGCCACUGUUGUUUGCUGCGAUCCUCAUUGCCCUUCGCCACCGGGUACACUCGGUCGACCACCCCAACGCCACCAUCUACGGCAACCAGUCAGUGGAUUACCUACCACCUUUCUUCUACAAAUGGCAUUCACCCAAGCACUGGGAGCUGGCAUACGUCCCCUCUAACAAUACGGCCGUGAGAAGUAUUGCUGAGGCAGUGGAAGGCACCUUGCAGAUCCAGGGUGUCAGUGUCAAAGCUCGAGGCUUCCUCUCUGAGAAGGACUUUGAAGACUACAUCAGGUUUGAUAACCGCUCAGGCAACGUCCUGGCUGGAGUUGUUUUCGAGAACUGCACGCCACACAGCCAGGAGCCCUUGCCACUCCAGGUUAGUUACCGGCUGAGGUUCAAAUACAGCCCUCGAAACGCCCCUCGGAGCGAGCAGACAGGCCUGAACCCAAACAUCGAUCGAGACUGGCACACUAGCUAUCUCCUCCCACUGUUCCAGUUGCCAGGGCCCAGGGAAGCCAAGUACAGUGAUGGAGGGACACCAGGUUACUACCGGGAAGGUUUCCUCGCCAUGCAGCAUGCAGUGGACAAGGCCAUCAUCCGGUACCAUGCCGAACCUUCCGUGGCCAAGCUGCUGGAGGGGAUCACUGUGGUAGUCAGGCGCUUCCCGUACCCACCUUACAUCAAUGACCUUUUCCUCCUGGCCAUCCAGAACCAGCUCCCCUUGCUGCUCAUGCUAAGCUUCACCUACACCUCGCUCAACAUCGUGCGUGCCGUGGUGCACGAGAAAGAGAAGAAGCUGAAGGAAUACAUGCGCAUGAUGGGUCUUAGUAACUGGCUUCACUGGAGUGCCUGGUUCCUCAUGUUCUUCCUUUUCCUCUUGGUGUCCAUCUUCUUCGUCACAGUGCUCUUCUGCAUCAAGGUGAGUGAGCAAGGGGCCGUGCUCACCAGCAGCGACCCAACCCUGGUGUUCGCCUUCCUGACUGUCUUCUCCGUCUCCACCAUCUCCUUCAGCUUCAUGGUCAGCACCUUCUUCUCCAAAGCGAACGUGGCUGCUGCCGCCGGGGGUUUCCUCUAUUUCUUUUCCUACAUUCCGUACUUUUUCAUUUCCCCCCGCUACGAUCGCAUGAGCCACAACCAGAAGCUGUCGUCCUGCCUUGUCUCCAACGUCGGCAUGGCCAUGGGAGCCCAGCUGAUCGGCAUGUUUGAAGGAAAGGGCACUGGUAUACAAUGGCGGGAUCUGAUGAAACCAGUCAGCGUGGAUGAUAAUUUCACUUUGGCUCAUGUGCUGGGAAUGCUCCUUCUGGACUCGAUCCUGUAUGGGCUGGUGGCGUGGUACGUGGAGGCCGUCUUCCCUGGAGAGUAUGGCAUCCCGCAGCCCUGGUACUUCUUUAUCAUGCCUUCUUAUUGGUGUGGCGGCUCCCAGACAAUCUUGGGGAAGGAGAAGGAAGAAGAGGAGGAUCCAGAGAAAGCCCUGAAAAGCCAGUUCAUCGAAGAAGAGCCCUCAGACCUGGUGUCUGGGAUCAAAAUUAAACACCUCUUCAAGGUGUUCAAGGUGGGGAACAAGACCAGAGAGGCAGUCCAGGACCUGACCCUUAAUAUGUAUGAAGGGCAAAUCACAGUUCUUCUGGGGCACAACGGUGCUGGGAAAACGACAACUUUGUCCAUGCUGACAGGGCUGUAUCCUCCGACCAGUGGCCAGGCCUACAUCAAUGGCUACGAGAUCUCCCAGGACAUGGUCAUGAUCCGAAAAAGCCUCGGCCUUUGCCCGCAGCACGAUGUCCUCUUUGACCAAAUGACUGUGGAAGAGCAUCUUUUCUUCUAUGCUGGGCUGAAAGGUUUCCCUGUGGAGAAGCGCCCAGAAGAGAUCGAUCGGAUCCUCCGCAUCCUUAACCUGGAAGAGAAACGGAAGUCUCUGUCGAAAGCGCUUUCUGGGGGGAUGAAACGUAAACUGUCCAUAGGCAUCGCACUCAUUGGGGACUCGAAGGUGGUGAUGCUGGACGAGCCCACCUCGGGCAUGGACCCUGUCUCUCGCCGAGCCACUUGGGACCUCCUGCAGCAUCAGCGGAGCGGCCGCACCAUCCUGCUCACCACUCACUUCAUGGACGAAGCCGAUCUGCUGGGGGACCGCAUCGCCAUCAUGGCGAAGGGGGAGCUCCAGUGCUGCGGGUCUUCGCUCUUCCUCAAGCACAAAUAUGGUGCAGGAUACCACAUGGUGAUGGUCAAAGAGCCCUACUGCAACCUGGGCGAAAUCUCCCGCCUUAUCACCCACUAUGUGCCCAAAGCCACCAUGGAAAGCAACGCUGGAGCAGAGCUUUCUUUCAUCCUCCCCAAAGAGAGCACGCACAGGUUUGAGGCUCUGUUCACCGAGUUGGAAUUACGGCGGGACGAGUUAGGUAUCGCCAGUUAUGGUGCCUCGGUCACCACCAUGGAAGAAGUGUUCCUCAGAGUGGGCAAGCUGGUUGACUCCUCUAUGGACAUCCAAGCCAUACAGCUGCCGGCGUUGCAGUACCAGCACGAGCGCCGCUCCAACGACUGGGCCAUGGAUGACUCCAGCAGUCUGAGCGGGAUGACGGAUGUGACAGACGACAGCGGGGCCCUCAUCACAGAAGACUGCUCCAAUGUGAAGCUGAACACCGGGUUCUACCUCUGCUGCCAGCAAUUCUAUGCCAUGUUUAUGAAGAGGGCUGUGUACACCUGGCGCAACUGGAAGAUGGUGGCUGGACAAUUCCUGGUGCCUCUGAUUUUCACUGCCUUCGCCCUGAUCGUAGCCAAGACCUUCCCAGGGCCUCGGGACUCUCCUCUGCUCCGGCUAACCUUGAAUCCUUAUGGCCAGACCACAGUGCCUUUUUCAGUCCCACAAGACUCCACUUUGGCCCAACAGCUAGCAGUGCAGUAUUCGAAUCUGGUUCACGCUCAGCACCAGUGGCCAGAAGAGGUGGCAGACGACCUUCAGGAAUACCUGAUUUCUCAAGCAGCCGAAGAGGGAGGUGCUUUCAACGAGCGCUGCGUCGCAGCGGCUUCCUUCGAAGAGAACGAGAACCACACGUGGGUCACUGCGUUCUUCAACAACCAGGCCUACCAUGCUUCUGCCGCCGCCCUGCUGCUGGCCGACAACGCCUUGCUGAAGCUGCUGGCGGGCCCCAACGCUUCCAUCACCGUGUCCAACUUCCCGCAGCCUCGCAAUGUGACUGAGACAGGGAAGGACCAGCUCAUGGAAGGCCAGACGGGCUUCGCCAUCGCCAUCAACCUGCUCUACGGCAUGGCUUCCUUGUCCAGCACUUUCGCCCUCCUCCUGGUCAGCGAGAGGGCCAUCAAAGCCAAGCACGUCCACUUUGUCAGCGGGGUCUACGUCAUGAACUUCUGGCUGUCGGCCCUCUUGUGGGAUCUCAUCAACUUCCUCACCCCCUGCGUGCUCAUGCUGGUGAUUUUCCAAGCGUUUGACGUGAAGGCAUUUACUCAGGACAGCCAUCUGGUCGACGUGAUGCUGAUCUUCCUGCUCUAUGGCUGGGCCAUCAUCCCUCUCAUGUACCUCCUCAGCUUCUGCUUCUCCGUGGCAGCCACGGCCUACACACGCCUCACCAUCUUCAACAUCUUCUCCGGCACUGCCACCUUCCUGGCAGUCACUAUCAUGAGCAUUCCAGCGCUCGGGAUGGUCGAUCUCUCCAAGUUGCUCGAUAAAGUCUUUUUGGUCCUGCCAAACUACUGCUUGGGGCAGAGCAUCAGCUACUUUUACCAGAACUACGAGUUCAUCCAAUUCUGCUCCUCUUCCUUUGAGGCUGUUUUGGUCUGCAAAUUGUUCAAUAUUAGUUACCAAACCAAUUACUUUGCAUGGGAAAGCCCUGGGAUUGGGAAAUACUUGACCUCCAUGGCGGUUCAAGGGCUCAGCUUUCUCCUCCUCCUCUUCCUCAUUGAGACCAACCUCCUUUGGAGACUCAGGACUGUCAUCUGCAGCAUGUGUCGGCGGCGGAAAUGGGUGCUCUUGCUGAACAAAGUCCCUGUCCUGCCAGAAGACCGGGAUGUUGCAGAUGAGAGAAAGAAGGUCUUGGAAUCUCCGCUGGAAACGCUUUCGUCCCUGAACAGUCCUCUGGUCAUCAAGGAGCUUACGAAGGUCUACAGCAGCAGAGACUCACGCCUAGCCGUGGACCGAAUCUCCCUGGCGGUCAACAAAGGCGAGUGCUUCGGCCUCCUUGGCUUCAACGGGGCAGGGAAAACCACGACCUUUAAGAUGCUGACAGGGGACGAGAGCAUCACAUCCGGAGACGCUUAUGUAGACGGCCACAGCAUUUUGGCCAAUAUCAAAAAGGUCCAGCAGCGGAUUGGCUACUGCCCUCAGUUUGAUGCCCUUUUAGAUCACAUGACCGGGAGGGAGACCUUGAGCAUGUAUGCCCGGCUGCGGGGCAUCCCCGAGCGCUACAUUGGCAGCUGUGUGGAGAACAUGCUCCGAGGCCUGCUGCUGGAACCGCAUGCAGACAAGCUCGUCCGAAUGUACAGUGGCGGUAACAAGCGGAAACUGAGUACUGGAAUCGCCCUGAUCGGCGGCCCACCUGUCAUCUUUCUGGACGAGCCCUCCACAGGCAUGGACCCCGUGGCCAGGCGCCUGCUGUGGGAUGCAGUCACCAGGACGCGGGAGUGCGGGAAGUCCAUCAUCAUCACGUCCCACAGCAUGGAGGAAUGUGAGGCCUUGUGCACCCGGCUGGCCAUCAUGGUGAAUGGACAGUUCAAAUGUUUGGGCAGCCCUCAGCACCUGAAGAGCAAGUUUGGCAGCGGGUACACCCUACUGGCCAAAACCCAAAGUGAUGAAGAGGAGAACCUGCUGGCCUUCAAGACGUUUGUGGAGAAAACUUUCCCAGGGAGCGUCCUGAAGCACGAACACCAAGGCAUGGUUCAUUAUCACUUGACCAAUAAAAACCUCAGCUGGGCACAGGUGUUUGGGGCGCUGGAGAAAGCCAAAGAGAAGUACCAUGUGGAGGAUUAUUCUGUCAGCCAAAUCUCCUUGGAGCAAGUCUUCAUGAGCUUCACCCGUUUCCAGCACUACACAGAAGAUCGAGGGAAAUGAGGCGGGGCUAAAGGGGGGGGAGGCCCCCCUCAGUUUCCUGGGACUGACCUGCUGCCUGUAUAUAUAGUAUACAUAGAGACAGUAAUUUAUAUUAUCAACCAUGACUUCAACAAUGCAGAAAAAAGGGGCGGACGUUCUCACCGCGUGGCAGGACCCCUGCCUGUCACAUUUCUGGGAUCAAGAAGGAGAGCGUGCAUGGGGUGAAUGCGUUUGUGUGCUCGGGUGUAUGCCUGUGUGUGAAAUGCACGGGAAGCAACCAGCAACCUGUGAAUUUCACAAGCUCUUCCAUUGCUUCGAAGCCCAGGAUUGGCUCCUGGGCCUUCGGUGACUCGCUACUCAGCACGUCAUACUCUCAGGCACUUUGGAAUCCCCGCUGGAUCCGUGCCCAUUAUCAUGACCUUUCUACGGGGUGCUGGCAACUCACACGCACCUGGCUGUGUCUGUACAUUCAAGAAAACAUCUCUGUCUGCGUCAACAUCCGUCCAAGCUUCCUCCUGCAGCAGUCACGUUAUCUGGGGCCGUGAAAACGGAAGAAAGAAGAAUAUAUUCAAUUGAGCGGGUUUCCCACCACGAGUCUGAAUUGGAUCUAAUGGAUUGGAUCCAUUUAACAGAUGGGGAGGGUGUGUGUGAAGUGUUAUUAUUUUUCAGAAAAACGUGAGGCCCCGUUUAGCGUUGGUGCUCAUCCUUGUAGGAUUUCCAACGAGCGCCUCUCCUGGGGAGGGUUGCCCAUAUCUGGUCCAGUCCCUCUUCUCUGAUUUGUACUUGGAAGCUUACUUGCGCACAAGCACAACUGUUAUUCCAAGGGGGGGGGGGGUUGUCAUUGUUUAAAGAGAUGUUGUUUGGCGGUAUCAGCUUUCGAAAGCAUUCAUCAGCAGAGGAUAUUCCUCGGUGGUUAAAAGCACGGCUUGGUCAGGCUACGUAAUUCCGUCUGAUGCUUGUGCUCAGCCGAUGCCGCCUUGAGUGGAUAAGUAAGACAUGGUUUCAGAAUCUCAUUAACAGAUCACAGGGUAUCAUGUGGCUUGAAUGUUGGGAAGCAUUCUGGAGUUAGGUCGGCCCUUUGUUGUGCAAUAGACUGUUAACUGCUUCAAAAGGGAACCAUCCCCCACCCCUUCCCUGUUCUUCCCUCUGAAAUCUCUAGAAAAGAGUUGUAGAUCACACUGCCAGAGAGCCAGUGUGGUGCAGUGGUUAAGAGCAGGUGGGUUGUAAUCUGGAGAACCAGGUUUCAUUCCCCACUCCUCCACCUGAGGCUUAUCUGGUGAACCAAAUGUGUUUUCGCACUCCUACA